CAGGUUCGUCGCCUGGGCUGCCGACUUGUUCGUUCAGCGCUGUUGUCGCAGUUCCGGCCGAGCGUUCGCUGAGUUCUGGCGGCUGGAGGCUGCUCUGCCGGCAGGCACCGGUAGCGGUGGGUGUUCCGAUCCGCCAGCCCAGCUCCUGCGGGAUCCCCGGCUGGCCCGGGCCGCCGCACUCACGGCGGCUCCGCCACAGGCGCCGAGCGAGCAGCAACCCGCGUCCGCCGAGGUCGGCGUCAUGAGGAUCCUGCCGUUCUUCUGCCGCGGCGAGGUGGUGCGUGGCUUCGGCCGCGGCUCCAAGCAGCUGGGCAUCCCUACGGCCAAUUUUUCUGAACAAGUAGUAGACAGUCUUCCAGCUGAUGUGUCCACUGGCAUUUACUAUGGCUGGGCCAGUGUCGGGAGUGGAGAUGUCCAUAAAAUGGUGGUGAGCAUAGGAUGGAACCCAUACUACAAGAAUGUGAAGAAGUCCAUGGAAACCCACAUUAUACAUACCUUCAAAGAGGACUUCUAUGGGGAAGUUCUCAGUGUGGCCGUUGUUGGCUACCUCAGGCCAGAAAAGAAUUUUGAUUCUUUAGAAUCACUUAUUUCAGCAAUUCAAGGUGAUAUUGAAGAAGCCAAAAAGCAACUGGAUUUACCAGAACAUUUGAAACUCAAAGAUGACAAUUUCUUCCAAGUUGGAAAAGGCAAAAUUACGAAUGGUCACUGAAAAGUACCUUAUCUUUCCACUAACUGUAGUGUCUCAUUGCCUGUGAUACAGUCUCACCUUGGUCAUAUUUUAAAUGGAACCUUUCUCUGUAGCUGUCCAAGUGGUCUUCAGCUAUUACCUCCAUCAUGAUAUAUAUAGUACUGAAAGAUUCAUUCAAAAAUCAAGACUUAAUAUGUUGAUUAAAAUGUAGCACUAGAAAGCUAGUGUCUUGAAGUGGAAAUAAAGUCUGUGAACGUGGGUGGAAGUGAAGGCUGGCUGCUGUUCUCAUAACCAUUGCGCUGGCGCUGCUAUACAGGCCUUUUCCCGGGAAAUGCUGUGCACGGAACUUCCCCGGGGAGGAACAUCUAGAGUGUAUUUUUAUUAUGUUGUGUAUUUUACAGAGCUACAAGUUUGUUCCCAUGAAGUCAUUCAUUUUAGUGUCCCCGUGCCUGUACAUACAGAGUUACUUCAGCUUGAAGUGGCUCCAGUUGUCCCCGCGUUAGGGUUGUUGCUUUUCUCCCCCAUGCUGAAGAUUGAACCCAGGGCCUUACACGAUAGACAGGAUGACCGCUGACCCCCAGCCGCCUGUGCUUUUUAAGCCAUACGGUGUCUUGCUUUUGUGUUGUUAAAUUCCCCUUUAAAGAGUAGGUGUUCUUGCUCUUUAACUGGUUUUGGUUUGAUUCAUUUGCCCUCCCUUUAAGUGACUGAUGUAAUUUGAUUGGAAAUAUCCUACAAUCGUGUGCUCUAGAAACUCUGUAUGCCAUCCCAUUCAUUACCGUGUGAAUGGUGGUCAGUGCAUGUAAAAGCAGCUUCAUUAUAGGCUUCCUUGGGAUUGAAAUGAACACAAUCAUUCACAUACAUAUAUAUCAGUUUCUCUCUCUCCUUUUGAGACAGAUUUCCAUUAUAUAGCUCUGACUGGUUUCAGAUUCAAUAGAGAUCCAGCUCUGUUUGCACUGAGAUUAAAGGAAUGCCCCACCAGGUUUGGUUAUAACAGCUUCCUAAAAGAACAUAGAAUACUUGUUUUCUCCUUAGGGAAACUAAUAACUAAAUUGAUGACCUAGAAGUAUUUUUUUUUCUAAAGUGUGGUCCCAUGUUUUGAAAGUAAAUGUAAAUCUGUGUGGCUCUGUAUUGACAGCUACUUCAUUAUAAUGUAUUGCUCAUUGUAAUGAGUCCUUAUAGUUUUAGUUAAAUAUCUUUGUAUCUCCCAGUUUCCCUCUUACUCUUGGUGGCUUGAGUUCUUUACAGUUGAAAUUGGAUUACAGAUCACUUUGUGCCCAUCAGCAUAUAGAAUCAUUGCUGUAUGGCAGCAGAUUUGCUGGUUUGGAGGCACUGCCUGGUGGGAGGGUACACAUUAACCUAUGUUUUUUGGAUUUGUGUGUGUGUGUGUUUGAGAUGGUCUCUCUGUGUAACCUUGGCUAUCCUAGAACUAUGUAAACCAGGCUGGCUUUUAACUCAAGAGAUCCACCUACCUCUGCCUCCUGAGUACUGGGAUUAAAGGUGUGCAUCACCACCGCCCAGCAAAUGAAGGCAAUUUUAACCACAUAUACAUGUAAUUCGUGCAUGUGUUUUGCAAGUGGGGUGUGGUGAGGAUGGAACUUAGUCAGCCUUAUGAAUGCUAGGCAAGUGCUCUUCUACCGAGCUAUAUCCCUAGCCUUGAAAGUAGAAUUUUUGAUGAUGGAAGUUCCAUACUUAAAGGAAGCCUUAAUUAUCAGUGAGUUUAUGAAGCAAAGGUAAAAACAAACAUGGAAAGUACAAGAAUAGAUUUGUGUUUAUUCAGUAAGAAUAGCUUGCUGUCAGUUACGUUUCAUUAAGUGUAUGAAGGAAUGCUCAUUGCUAAUGUCAUCUCACAUUGUGUUAAACAGUGAUUGCUUUGUAAUAAUUGUAUGGUGUGUGGUUUGGAGGUUAGUUCUCUGGACUUCUGUAUUGUUGAGUAUUAUAAGAAAUUAUAGUACCACUUUGAUUAGCCUGAGUGUUUUCAGGCCUUGAAAUAAAUUUUGACUAUGUGUUA